AGAGCGCAAGUGUAUUAAGCUUUGCAGCCAGAGCAGAAACAAGACAUUCGUUUGGACCUAUUUUUAAAUGUAUUUCGCUGACGUUAGUAGUUAUAAUAUCCUUUGCUUGUUUGACUAAGGGUUUUGCAUGCUUUUGUAGUUAGUCCAUAUUUUGCUCUUCUAUCGGUUGCUGCAGUCUCCAUCAGCGUCUUACUCAGCAUUUAGGCUACGCGCAAGCUGUAAUACUCUUAACUCGUUACAUAAGGCUUUAACGACUUAAAUGUGGACAUCGCCUUGUUUUUGGGUCGCCAAACACCACCUGUGAAAUCAAGCCGUUAAUUAUUUCGAAAGUCAUACAUAGCUGGUGUUCAUGCCCGAUCUGCAGCGCUUCAGUUUUCCGCACCGUAGCAUGAAUCCUCCUUUUCAUCAGCAUCAGCAGCAGCAGCACCAGCAGCAUCAGAAUCCAGAAGGACCCGGUCAUCCCGAUUCUCCCUCCGGUUUGCUCCCCGAGGCAGCUGUCCUCGGAGCUCCUGACCCUUCCUCGUUUUUCCUCGGAGAGCAACCCGGCCCACAAACCGCACUUGACCUUACAGCAUCCUCUUAUCUGCACUUCAGUCCAUCGCUCCACUGGUCCCAACCUCCUCCACCUACAGCCAUGGCAUUGAGGAACGACCUGGGAUCCAAUAUAAGCGUCCUGAAGACCCUCAAUCUGCGCUUCCGAUGCUUUCUGGCUAAAGUGCAUGAGCUGGAGAGACGCAAUAAGAUAUUGGAGUUACAGCUUCAGCAGGCUUUAGACAGCAGUAACAAGGGUGGAUGCGUGGAGGAUGGAAACACCAGAGAAAUUGGUGUGCAGACUGGGUUUAUUGGACCUAUCGCUGUCCGGCCUGGGUCUUUGUCCUUUCAAAACACCAAUAACUCUGCUCAAAGACCCACUACGUUGUUUAUGCCUUCUCUUACGACAGUCCUCAAGCUUGAGCCCAAUAAAGCUGACGGUGAGAGCACAACUGACCCAAACACUUACAGGAACCCAAACAUCACGGUUAGUCUCGCAACACCCACCACCGAACCCGCCUCGGCCAACACCAACAACUCCAAUAAUGCACUGCAUGUGAGCAGCGUUGGCACCGGGAUGUCUCCCAACCCUCCUCCUCGCUUCCUGCCGGGCACUAUCUGGUCCUACAAUCACACCCGUAAACUGGGAAGCGGAUCUGAGACGCGGGUCACCAGUCCUGGAGUGUCGUGGGUCCACCCGGAUGGCGUGGGAGUCCAGAUAGACACCAUCACCCCAGAGAUCAGAGCACUUUACAAUGUCCUGGCCAAAAUCAAAAGGGAGCGGGAUGAGUACAAGCGAAGAUGGGAAGAGGAAUACACCAUGAGAAUGGACAUGGAACAGAGAAUGAAUGAUCUACAGGAGGACCUACAGGAGAGUGAGGUGUGUCAGGAUGAGCUGGCCCUCAAGGUGCAACAGCUGAAAGCUGAACUUGUGCUCUUUAAAGGACUCAUGAGUAAUAACCUGUCAGAGCUGGACAGUAAGAUCCAGGAGAAGGCCAUGAAAGUGGACAUGGACAUCUGCAGACGCAUUGACAUCACAGCUCGCCUGUGUGAUGUCGCCCAACAAAGAAACUUUGAAGAUCCAAUCAAGAUCUUUAAGGUUCCCAGCCCUCAGAACGCCAACACCUCUCGUGCCCGUAAACAAGCCUCACAACCUGCCAAUGGCAGCGAGACAGAUGAGCCAGUCAGCACGUCUGAGAGUGAUGGAGGUGGUGCUCGAGAGGAUGAAGUGUGCACUCCUUCAACCCUCCAGAUCAAUGAAGAGAUGCAGAGAAUGUUGACCCAACUGCGUGAGUGUGAGUUUGAGGAUGACUGUGACUCUCUGGCUUGGGAAGAGACCGAGGAAACGCUCCUUCUGUGGGAGGAUUUCCCAGGAUGCACUUUAACAGCUGACACCAGUCAGGGGGAGGAGGAGUGCUUGGAAAAGGUGAUUAAGGACACUGAAUGUCUUUUUAAGUCCAGGGAGAAAGAAUACCAGGAGACUAUAGACCAGAUAGAGUUGGAACUGGCCACAGCAAAGUCGGACAUGAACCGUCAUCUUCAUGAGUACAUGGAGAUGUGCAGUAUGAAGAGAGGACUGGAUGUGCAGAUGGAAACCUGCAGGAGACUCAUCACUCAGAGUGGAAACAAUAAAUCCACUUCUUCUAUACCUGGAGGUGGUACAGAUGCAAACGGAGAAACAGAGAGGGAUAAAACCGAGGAAGGAGGAAGAUAAUGAAGCCAUCAGAUCUGAAGAAGGUGUUUGAAAGAAGAAGAAAAAGUGCCCCUCAUCUCUUCAUGUCUGCCUUCAUCAGCCCUUCUCAUGUUUUUGCAGUCUAUCCAGUCACUGCCUCUUGUGGUGGUAAAUGGAAUUACACUGUGUGUGCUCGGUGGCCAAAAGUGAACAUGUAUUGUGACUACGUUAUGUCUAAAUUUUUCCCCUAUGGUUGUGCAGAGCAGCUUUACUGUUUUCACACCCACAUAAUCUUAAAAGACGAGUCCUGACAACAUUCAUUGAGCCCAUCCACCGGCAGGUAUCGAUCAUGUUUUCCGAUCCGAUGGCCAAAUGUCUGAGUCAUCAUAUUUUUUAGCACCGAAUAGAGAAUCGCUGAGAAUAGGUAGAGAAUCACUGACAGUGUUUUCACAAAGUUUCCAUUUCCUAGAGACUCCGAGGGGACAUUUGCUCUCUUAUUGUUGCCGCAUGUACUGUUACGUGCCGCUGUAAGCCGUGGGUCAAUAGGUGUGUUGUGCUUCCUGUCUGAGCUGAUGUAAAUACUGGGCUGUUAAUGCUACUGAAGGGUGGAGGUGAUUGUAGCCUGCACGUCCUCCAUCUUUGUGCUCAAAUUCACACAAAACAUAUGACAUCUCAUGCUAACGGUAUCUGCUUCGGAGUCUGGGUUGUAUUUGCUCUCUGAAUAAUGAACGCUUUGACUUCCUGUAUUGCGGGUGGAAAACAUGAGUGAUGGGUGAGGUCAGAUGAGUGAGAUUUGAGGAUGUUAUGGCUCGGAGUAGAUGUCAGAGCGUUACGCAUGUUCACUUCUGUUAUUUCCUUUUUACUUUUCCCCUCCUUUUUCUUCUUUGAGAUCAGCGAUAUUGAGUCUCUUUCUCAUUUCAGAAAAGUGAAUUUCAUGAAAAUGCUGUAUAUGUAAUGCUGCUGUAGAUGUGAGACCUGCUUUAGUCCAUGCAAUAUCUAGGAUUUCAAAGGUCUUUCUAUUUUGGAUGGUAAAAUUCUUCCAGUGCAGUUCACCUUUGGUGUUUUUCUGUUUCGUAGACCUUGCUGGUGCCUCUGAUGGCUGAGAUUGAUGCAAAAAUCUGUUUGUUUGUUGGUCUGACCAGUUGUUUUCAUUGGGAUCAGUCUUGUAGUCCAGACUAAGAGUGAAGUCCUUUAGAGCAAAUGAUAUGCAUGAUAGUUGUCUCCUUGAUCCUUGGGACUUUUUAAGAGUAUCCUAUCUUGUUACAAUAGAUAGGUCUACCAGUGGACCUUUAGAAAGUGAGAUCCUGAUAGGUUAAACUCACCAAUGAAGGAUCUUACUAAAGACAUGUUUGACAAACGUAUGAUCUUACAAACAGCAGGAUCUUAUGCCUCAAGAGUUUAAAAAAGAUCCUUGUGACUGUUUCUUGUAGUCCCAAGUUGAUAUCUCAAAGUUGCGACUUUAUUUUACAUAAUUGCAAGGUUAUAGCUAUCAUUUGCGAGUUUGUUUCUCGUAAUUACAACCUGAUGUUUUGCAGUUGUGACUUUAUUUCACAUAACUGCAACCCUAUACCUACAUUUGCAGCUUUAUGUCUCACAAUUGCAACUUUUUUCUUUUUUUUCAGUUUUUAUCUCACAAAUGUGAGUUUGUAUCUCAUGAAGACACAUUUCUUUUAACUUUGACAUAUCUCACAGUGACUUUGUUACUUGUCAUUGCGACUUUCAGUCUCACAAAUUACAACUUAAUUUUUUGUUCAUUUUCUAGUGACUUAAUAGCUUAUGAUUUGAUAUUGUUUCUUGUGAUUUUGACUUAAUACCUCAAAGUUGUGGCUUUGUUUUUCAUAAUUGCAACUUAGUUUAUUGUAAUUGUGACUUUAUAUUUAAUAACAUUGUUUUUUUGUCAUUUUGACUUUAUAUCUCAUAAUUGCGACUUUAUAUUUAAUGACAUUGUUUUCGUGGUGACUUUUUUUUACUCUAACGUAGAAAGGGGGAAUAUUUGGAGACUGGUUUUUUGUAUGCAUCCUGCAAAUUAAGAUUUGUUGAACUAUAUUGAGUGUGAGAUCUUGAUGGGUUUGAUCUAUUGGAUUAGACCUGUUAGAGAUGUAAAAAUCCCAUGAAAUAGUUUAUGAAUAAAUACAAAUUUUCUUUUGUACCCACCUAAAAGAGUGAGAUCCUAAUGGGUUAGAUUCACAGGAGAAUGAUCUUUCUUGAGUAAUAUAUCAUGCAAAUUCAUGUAAUCUGAUUCUAGUCUAAAGUUCUCAAGAACCUCACAUGAUUUGUAAUAAUCAGCUCUUUUUUUGGUAGAGCACGCUCUAAUUCUAAUCAAACGCCCACAGCGACCAAUACAGUAGUUCCAGAAGAAACUGACAAACCGACUUCUGGUUGGCUUUGUUGGUCUUUCAUAUCUGUAGUCAAAUAUGUAUUCUGCGUGUAAACCACAGCUUGAAUUCAAGAAUAGAGAUUAAAACUCUUUGAAAGAGACAUUUCGAGUGCCAAAUGUGAAAUAAAACAGUCAGGAAAGACACUUCACACAGUGAAAAUGAAAAGCAUUAAUAAACAUAUUACAGUACAUAUCACUUUCUAUGAUGAGCCAGAACAGAAUUGAAUUUUUUUAACAUUAUGUUACGUACCAUCCUCAGGUUGUUUUUCUUUUUAUCUUGUUCUAUUUUUUGCAUACUGACUGAUGAACAACGCUUUGUGUCUGCCUUAGGUUUUUCCCUCGGAUCACUGUGAAGUUCUGUAGGGGUUUUGCAGAUUCAUUGUAAUUUUAUUUCUAUCAACAAGUCAUUUAUUUAAUUUAAAAACAAUGUUCUAAACAGUGUGUGAAAAUUUCUGUUUGAUUGAAAAAAAAAAAGAAAACAGCCCAGAAAAAUAAAAGAUGCGCUUGAUGAUUAAUUAAAAUGUUACAAUUUGAUAUUGAGGAAAAGACUUUGUUUAUCUGUGAACUAAAUAUUGCAUUUCUGCUGCCAAUAAGAAGUGCUGUAAAUGGCUGAGCCAUUGUUCAUUCACAGAUUUUUUUUUUUUUAGUUAAGUUUUUUGUUGUUGCACAGCACUGAGCUGAACUACGUGUGUAAGAUAUGUAUGCAUGUGUAAAUGUAUGGAGUGAGCACUCCGGGUUUCUGCAAUGAGUAACUGGUUAUUUUCUACAGCAAUUUACUUGUUGUUUGUUGCUAUAUGACCUUAAAACAAAAGUAUUUUACAAGAAUUCUGUAAACAAUUCCAUAACCACAAAUCCGGUCUUGUAUGAAAUGACAAUAGUAGACAGUCAGGAAAAUGACUCAUUGGAACUUGACUGAAUGAAGGGCUUUUGGAUAUUUCAAAUUUGCAACGGCUACAAACAAUAAGUAAAUUGCACACAAUAUCUUCACCAAAAAAAUAACAGAAUUUGAAAAGAAAAAAAAAUAAAUAAAGUGCUUGCACUGUAUGAAUGCAAUGAUGCUGUAACCUAGAAGAGACAAAGGAAGAGUUGUGUCCGCUCAAACGCUGGCUAUGCAAGCAAGUCCUGAACCUUAACAAGAGAAUUACAACAUUUGAAAUGAUCACUUGGGACGUCAGAGUCAUUCCUAGCAUUUUCGUGUCAUUCUGUAAUAUCUCAGGAAUGAUUCGUGUUCCUACUGUGGAAUCGUAGGGAUGUUUCUAUUUUAGGGACCUCCAAGGGUUCUCUUUACAUUUGCACAUGUGCCACUGUGGUUGUGGGGAUCAGAUGACCAGGACCCACCUGAGCAUCCAAGGGGAGGAAAAGGACCCCGACUGCAAAAAUGGCGCAUGUGCAUUUUGAUUUAAAGAGGAACAGGACUAUAUGUAUAUAUAAAUAUGUAUGUAUGUAACCCAAAGCAGAACAAGAACUGCUGGCUUCACUGCAAGUGUACAGAAAUACUGGAGCUUUAAAAAGAUUUCAGAAUAAAGGUUACUGCUGAACACA